CACUCUGCCGUUAGUGUACAAACUCACCACUCGGUGCCGAGCAGUGGAUUAAAAGUAGUUUCACUUUCAGCUCCAUUUCGUGAUUUCCUGUAGAUUUCAUUUUCUUACUUUUGUGGUUUGCUGUAUUCCUGAACUAACAAAAUGGCUGAUUUUGAUUCGGAUAUAAACAAGAUUGUGCACGUGAAGCGAUCUUACCAGGUAUACCGGGGCACAUCUCCCACCACACAGAACCGGUUCGAGAAAACGGGGACUAUUUCCAGACGAGCAAGCACAAGUCAGAUUCAAUCAAGUUCCGUUGCAUCGAGUUCAAGUCAGCUAAGAACAAGUUCAAGCCAAGUGAAACGAACCAUUAUCAGUUCAUCUUCAAGUUCUGCACAGUCAGCUGCUAAUGUCAAUGUAGAGAAAUCCACUCGCGUAAUUAAACAUGAACAAGACUUGUUUCAAGCUGAGGAACAACGAUUUCAGAGCCGAAUCAGGGAGCUGGAGGAUGCCGUAGAUGUUGAGAGAGACAUGCGUAUCAGAUUCGAGAAACAAUGUGCUGAACUCACUUUCCAACUAGACCAGGCCAACGACCGGUAUGAGGAGGCUUACGGUUUACAGUCCACACAGAGCGAGAUCUCCAGGAAACGUGAAGCCGAAGUUAACAAACUUCGUAAAGACUUAGAACUCGUGUCCACUCAGUACGAGGCUCAGGAAAGUAGCCAGAGAAAGCGUCAUCAGGAUGCCUUGAACGACCUUGCGGACCAACUUGAACACAUGUCCAAGGCCAAAGGCAGGGUAGAGAAGGAGAAAGCUACUCUUGUUGUGGAAAUCGACGGUUUGCAGAUGGCGAACGAUUCUCUGGCUAAGGCUAAGUCAACACUUGAGAUAAGGGUCGAGGGUUUGGAGAGCUCCAACUUGCGUUUGAAGGCUCAGGUAGAUGAUAUGACACGUCAGCUCAACGAUCUCAAUGGCCUUAAAGCUCGCCUCACCCAGGAGAAUUUCGACCUUCAGCAUCAAGUACAGGAGCUGGACGCCGCCAACGCCGGACUCGCCAAGGCCAAAUCUCAGCUUCAAGUCAGCGUGGAUGAUUUGAAGAGGAACUUGGAUGACGAGUCCAGGCAAAGACAGAAUCUCCAAGUUCAACUCAGUGCACUGCAGAGUGACUAUGACAACCUGAACGCCCGUUAUGAAGAAGAAUCCGAAGCCGCAUCCAUCCUCCGAAACUCCCUCAGCAAAGCCAACAGCGAUCUGGUGGCUCUCAAGUCCAAAUACGACAAGGAAAUCGUCACGGUCCGCGAGGAGCUUGAAUCUGUCAGGAGGAAGUUAACCGUCCGUGUCCAGGAAUUGGAAGAUGCCUGCGAUACACUCAGGGCCCGCAACUCCAACCUUGAGAAGGCCAAGUCGAAACUCGUUAAUGAAGUUAGGGAGCUUAACAUCGAAAUUGAAAACCUCACCAUCAUCGUACAGGAUCUCACGAAGAGGAACCGACAGCUGGAGAACGACAACGCCGCUCUUCAGAAGAAGGUCGACGAUCUUUCCGCUGAGAACGCUGCUCUCCGCUCAGAGAAGGCUGCCCUCGAGGCAGAGUGCCAGCGUCUCCGGGUCAAGGUCGCCGAGCUCCAGGAGAAGAACGAUAACCUAGCACGUGAAAACAAGAAACUGGAGGAUGCCCUCAGAGAAACCAAACAAGCCCUCAAGGAUGCCAACAAAGCCAACGACGAACUCAGGGCCGCCAACGCCGCACUCACCGCCGAGAGGGAUAGUUUGGCGUCUGCCCUGCGCGAUACCGAGGACGCCCUUCGUGACGCCGAGAACAAACUCGCCGCCGCACAAGCCGCCCUUGCCCAGCUCCGCGCCGAAAUGGAACAGAGGCUCCGUGAGAAGGAUGAAGAAAUAGACAGCAUCAGAAAGAGCAGUGCCCGCGCUAUUGAGGAGUUACAGAGGACCCUUGUGGAGGUUGAGGUCCGUUACAAGGCUGAGAUUAGCCGCAUCAAGAAGAAGUACGAGACCGACAUUAGGGAACUCGAGGCUGCUCUUGACAAUGCCAACAGGGCGAACGCCGAAUACGUGAAACAGAUCAAAUCACUCCACGCCCGCGUCAAGGAACUCGAGGCCAUCAACGAGGAUACCACCCGCAGACUUGAAGAUGCCGUCGCUCAACUGUCCGUCUCCGAGAGGAAACGUGUUGCCCUCCAGGCAGAACUGGAAGACAUCAGGGCCGCCAUGGAAAGUUCCGAACGGGCACGUAAGAACGCCGAAGCUGAAGUCAACGAAAUCUCCAUUCGCAUAUCAGAAAUCCAACUCCAACUCCAAGUGGUUACUAACGACAAGCGUCGCAUGGAGGCAGACAUCGCCGCCAUGCAGUCUGACCUUGAUGAAGCACUCAACGCCCAGCGAGCCGCCGAGGAACGUGCCGAGCGUCUCUACAAUGAGAACAAGCGUCUUUCCGACGAGCUUCGUCAAGAACAGGAGAAUUACAAGAAUGCCGAAAGCCUGAGGAAGCAGCUCGAGAUUGAGAUCCGUGAGAUUACUCUCAGGCUCGAGGAGGCAGAGGCCUUUGCCCUUAGGGAAGGAAAGAGACAGAUCGCAAAACUACAAGCAAGAAUCAGAGAUUUGGAGGGUGAAUUAGAAGCCGAGCAGAGGCGAGUGAGGGAGGCCAUUGCUAACAUGCGUAAAUAUGAACGUCAAUACAAAGAAUUGAUCAGCGUCGCUGAGGAAGAUCACCGCAUGGUCAGCGAACUCACCAGUCUUAACGACCAACUUAAUAUGAAAAUCAAGAUCUACAAGAGACAGGUCGACGAGGCGGAGGAUGUAACUAGCAUUACCAUGAGCAAGUACCGUAAGGCACAGCAAAUGAUUGAGGAGGCUGAGGGUAGAGCUGACAUUGCCGAGAAAAACCUUGCACAAACCCGCAGAACGCGAUCAAUGUCCGUCCAACGGGAGGUCAAGGUCGUCCGGAUGUAAACACAACACACAUAUGGUGCCUUUCAUUAAACAUAAAAAAAGCCAGUGCAUCGACAUCAAAUAGACGCUAUUUAUUUAAAUGUGGGGAUUUCACUGACAGAAUUCCGAAAUUUCCCUAAACUUGUACAAAGACGUUUAUUUUGGUUAUUAAUCUUAUUCAUUGUGCAAAUGUGAUUAAAAAGCAUAUAUGUGUGUGUUGCUACGAUGGAAUUGUACAGAAAUAUGUAGGGAGACUAGCCAUUGCUCGGCACGGGGACAGCGAAAGUCUCUUCAGAUACCCUAGAAGGAAUGACGUCAUAAUAUGCAAAUUCUACAUUUUCCGUUUACUUCGGUAGGAGUCGCUAAGGUAUAUGGCGUCGACAUAGAAACACUCUUGUAACAAAUGGUUUCGUGUAAAUAUUUACACAAUAAGGCACUGGAAAGCAUGACGUCAUUUCUAUUCGACCUAAACGCUCAAAGCUCGUAAUCGAUGUGCUGUUUGUGAUCAUCACCACCGUGAAUGUUCUAAUCAAUGUGUAGAGAAGAUGAGAAACGCGAUGACAAGCGAUGACGGGAAACGUUAACAAGAGAGAGGAGAUAGAACGGUUUACUGUCGCUAAAUUAUCUUGUACUUGCGGGGAAAAAACAACAAAAACGAACUUAUCAAAUCUGUUUCUUGAGCUUAGCUUUGUCAUAAUGUUUCAAACGAUGUGCAAUAUAGUCAUUUUAUAAAUGUGAUAUUUCAGAGAAACGAAAAUUAUGUUAAAUAAUUUUUUUGGUACUUUUUAUGUUGAUAAUUUAUACAGAGUUGUGGAUAUAUUUAAAUAAUGUAUAGCAAUGAAUACUUUAAGUCGAAAUAAGGACUGUUUGCAUGGAGGACAUGUGUCUUUAUUGUACAGAUAUUCUGGGUACUAAAGAGCUCUCUAGACAUUGUAGUGUUCACCAUGCUAGUACUUGUUUUACAGAGAAAAGUGAAUGACAUGUUAUAUGUUUCCCUCUGCUAAAAUAAAUUCCAUUAUUUGUUGCUUAUA